AUGGGUUCCUCUUCCCUUACAGGGUUGGGAGGUGGAGUUAAUCCUCUGUAUUUAGAUGACCAAAAAAAUGGUGUCAAGACACAGAAUUUUGUCUUUUCAAAAACUAUGCCGGAGCUUUAUGAUCUUGUUUUGAGGUAUAAACCACAUCUGAUUUGGUCAGAUGGUGAUUGGGAGAGUCCAGACACAUAUUGGAACUCUACCUCAUUCCUUGCCUGGCUUUAUAAUGAUAGUCCUGUCAAGGAUCCUGUUAUGAUAAAUGACUGUUGGUGCAACAACUGCUCCUGUCAUCAUGGAGGAUACUAUAACUGUGCCGAUAAAGACAAGUCGGGCACCCUGCCACAGCACAAGUGGGAGAUGUGCACGUCUAUUGACAAAAGGUCUUGUGGCUAUGAAAGCAACAUGCAGCUCAAUGAGCUCAUGGACGAAUCAAGUAUUAUCUCAGAACUAGUGAAGACGAAUUUUGGAGGCAACGAUCUUCUCAACGUGGGCCCCACAAAAGAAUGGGUGAUUGUUCCAAUCUUUCAAGAAAGGCUUCUGUCCCUUGGAAAAUGGCUGCAUGUUAACGGGGAGGCAAUUUAUGCUUCUAAGCCAUGGAGGGUGCAAAUGGAGAACGCCACAAUCCAUGUCUGGUACACUUCUAAAGGAUCAGCUGUCUAUGACAUCUUUCUGACCUGGCCAGAGGGUGUUGUGUUAAAGCUGUCUUCACCUAUUCCAUCUCCAAGCACACAAGUGACUAAUAUUCACCUAAAAUUUAAAUUAAAGUUUUGGGCUAUAUGA